UUCUCCGGCGUGAGAAUUAAGCCAUAGGGAGUGGACUUUCGUUCUUCCACGUUCUCUGCCACCGAGACGGAGAGGAUCGUAGGGUUUCUACUUUCUAGAUGAGGGGAAUCCCCAGUUAAUCCCCACCCCGUCUUUUCCCCGAAGAAUCGCCCGAUUUGUUGUUCGGAAUCGGGAUCUUCUCGCUCGUAGCUUUCGAGCGAGAUAUCCAUCGCUUGAAUCGGUCUAGAUUCGAGUUCUCAAGUUUCGAUCUUUUCCGUAGCGCAUUGAUUCGAUGCCGCUGCUUCUAGAUCGGCAUUCGAUUCGAGAGAUUUGGGCUGUUUCCAGAAGGAUUUCUUCGAAUAGAAUCUUCUCCAUUUCUUGCUGUCAUUGUUGCUUCGAUACGUGGAUCGGAGCUAGGGGAGGAAUCGAGUAGGGUUUUUGGUUUGUUUUCGAUCUUUUCUCGAUCGGAAACCUGCCGUCAUGAGGAUCACGGAGUUGGAGGACGGGGGCUUGGACGAUUCUGGCGGUCGGGAGAUCGUGCCGAUCAAGGCCAAGAGAGCGCUGAUCGGGGCGGGGGCGCGGAUUCUCUUCUAUCCGACCCUUCUCUACAACGUAAUACGGAACAAGAUCCAGGCCGAGUUCCGAUGGUGGGACGAAGUAGAUCAGUUUCUCUUGCUUGGGGCAGUUCCAUUUCCCAAAGAUGUUCCGCGCUUGUGGCAUCUAGGGGUUCAGGGUGUUGUUACCUUAAAUGAGACAUAUGAGACUUUGGUCCCAUCAUCAUUGUAUCAGACUUAUGGCAUUGAUCACCUAGUGAUUCCCACAAGGGACUACCUUUUUGCCCCUUCACUUGUGGAUAUACGCCGAGCUGUUGAUUUCAUCCACAGAAAUGCAUCAUGUGGGAGGACUACAUAUGUUCAUUGUAAAGCUGGGAGGGGGCGCAGUACAACUAUUGUCUUAUGCUAUUUGGUGAAAUAUAAGCAUAUGACGCCUGCAACUGCUCUGCAGUAUGUGCGAUCAAGAAGGCCUCGAGUACUCUUGGCUCCUUCUCAAUGGCAGGCUGUUCAAGACUUCAGCAAAUGCAAGUUGGAAGUCUCUGCAACUAAAAACAGUACACCAAUGACAUGUUCGCCUGCAGGGGAUGCGGUACUGAUAACAGAGGCAGAUCUGGAAGGUUAUGGUAGCUAUGAAGAUGCCACUAGGGAUCUUAGCAUCUCAUCUUACAGUAUUGCUCGAGCCAGGCCCAUGAUAGGGAAGCUGUCUUGCCUCUUUGCAUCUCUGAGGGUUUCCAGUGGCUGCUCACCAGUUGCCACCCGGUUGCCAGAAAUACGAGCUUGCUAGUUGAACAUACUUGUGGUCAACAAAAGAAUAAACUUGUGUAAUGUAAGUUGUGUGAAGUUGAAGAAUAGUGAACUUAUUGCAGGAAUAUGCUAUUGUAUAUAUGGUUGGUAGGAAUACCUUGGUCUCCAAAUGUGGAAAUGUAUAUCAGGGAACCCAUCUGUAUUGAAUUGUAAUUCCAGUUUGCUCAUGUUUGGUCGUUGUAGAUUCUGUAAAGCGAAGGGAGUAACUGGUUGUAUUUAUUCUAGGCAUAACUGGUGAUUCUUACAUGCAUAAUUAUAUGACUCUUUUAUCUGCACA